GAAGCAAGGGCGGCGAGGUGCUCCGGAUCGAGCAUUGUUGGAGCCUCUAAAUUAUCAGCCGCUAAUUAACAUGGACGCGGACCCACCAUUUCAUGAGGCCUACAAGACCCUCUUCGACAAAACCAUCGAAAGGAAUAACCAGCCAGUACGCAACCAGCUGCUCAUCGACAACAAAGAUGACGAGCAGCUUGUCAUCGUCGAGGAAUGCGAGCUUCCGUUGAUCGACCUCAGCCGUUUAAACCUUGGUGAACCUGAGAGCGAGGAGUGCAAGGCCGAGAUAGCUAGAGCUUCGAAAGAAUGGGGUUUUUUUCAAGUUAUGAAGCAUGGAAUCUCCACUGAGAUUUUGGAGAAGAUGAGAUUUGAGCAGGAGAGGCUGUUUAAGCAACCCUUUCAUGAGAAGAGCAAAGAAGACAAGAGCAAAGAAGACAAGUACUUGAGAUUUUCACCUGGUAGUUACCGUUGGGGCACCCCUUCAGCCAAUAACCUAAAGCAGUUAUCAUGGUCAGAAGCUUUCCACAUUCCUUUGAUCGAUAUUACCCCUUCUGGUGGCUUCGAUAGUCUCGGCGCAACAAUGGAACAGUUUGCAGCCACAGUAUCCAGUCUAGCACAAAAAUUGGCUGGAAUUCUGGCUGAGAAAAUGGGUCAUAAUUCAACUUUCUUCCAAGAAAAUUGUCUACCAAACACUUGCUAUCUUCGAAUGAAUCAUUACCCUCCGUGCCCAAUAGCUUCAGAGGUAUUUGGCCUAACGCCACACACCGACAGUGACUUCCUCACAAUACUGCAUCAAGAUCAGGUUGGUGGACUGCAAUUGGUGAAAGAUGGGAGAUGGAUUUCGGUUAAACCUAAUCCGGAGGCUCUUAUUAUCAACAUUGGAGAUUUAUUUCAGGCAUGGAGCAACGAUACGUAUAAGAGUGUGCAACAUCGGGUUGUCACCAAUCCGCUAGUGGAAAGGUUCUCCACCGCAUAUUUCUUCUGUCCGUCGUAUGACACUGUGAUACAGAGUUGCUGCGAGCCUUCGGUAUAUAGAAAAUUCAGCUUUAGGGAAUACAGGGAGCAGGUCCAAGCAGAUGUUCAAAAACUAGGAUCUAAAAUCGGGCUUCCUAGAUUUCUUGUGUAAAGCCAUGCAUCCCAAAGGAGUGGUGCAUAUAUCGACUGGGUAUUAUUGUUGAGAUUGUGUGUGUGAGAGAAAACGUAUAUAAGUGUAGCCCAAUUAGAAAAUAAGAAAGGGUACAGCAGUUUUAAUUAAUUAAGCUUAAUUCAAUAUUGAUCAGUAUAUAGUAGGUAGUACUACACAAUGCGAAU